AUGUCGGCAGUAGCAACAGUGAGACCGGCACCCACGCCGCAGCCUGACGGACCUGCGCCUCGAAAGCGGCGGAAACGGGCUCCAGCCGCAGGAGCCGCCGCCGACUGCUUUACUUGCUCCUCACACGGCUUUCAGUGCGAUCGGAGACGGCCAUAUUGCUCCAAAUGUUUAGACAACGGUAAAGAAUGCUCGGGUUACAAAACACAAUUGACGUGGAACGUUGGCGUGGCAAGCCGAGGGAAGCUCCGUGGGCUGUCUCUACCAGUUGCCGGGACGAAAAAGGUGGCAGGAGCUGCUUCAGUGUCUCGACGAGGUCAUCGCCAAUCUGCAAGUAUCAAUUCCGCGGGCACCCUGGAUGACACACACGUUCCUCCAAUUUCAGUCCACAGUCCAGAGUCCUUGCAGAGCAACGAGAGUACUCGACAAGAAAAUCACCGCAGUUCUCCACCUUUGACAUCUCCUUUUCCUCAGACAUGGGAAACGCCCAACUAUACGCCGCACUCGGAGCCCAUCUUCUCCCACGGCCUCACGAUCGGAACCUUCUCCUUUCCAACAUCUGUCCCACCUCUGGUCUCUCCGGUAGAGCACUCCUUUACGCCUCAGUUCCCACACCGAGGGCAGAUGCCUGCUUAUGAUACACCGGCCUCAGAAGCGUCAUCCUAUUCGCGCCCUCCCCCACUGUCUAUACCGAUUCCUCCGCCACAACAGCACAGCUAUAUUCCCUUCACUCCACUCGAUUCAGCCUUCGAUCAGCUCUCGCCGUAUCCCGGCCUGUUCUUCCCACGGCCAGACGAGUCAUAUGUUCGUAAUGACACUUAUAUACCGCCAGAUCCCUACCCUGCUCCCUCUCACCCCGUUCAUCAAGCUCCGGCACACGAUGGCGACACAGUCCUGGAAGAUGAUGCCGAGGAUAUAGCAAGAGAUGACUCUGGUACCCAGAUGUCGUUGUGGAAUGAUGCCGGGCAAGUCGCGACCUCACCCAUGGGUCUUGGCCUCAGAUUGCAUAGCUUCUCGAGUGGGUUAAGCAUUGGCAGCACCCCGCGGUUACAAUACCUCAUCAACUAUUACUCUGAGGUCAUCUCGCCAGUCAUCGUUGCUUUCGACGGACCAGAUAAUCCAUAUCGGACCCAUAUUCUUCGCUUAGCCGCGAACAGCGAUGCUCUUCAACACGCCAUUGCCGCUCUUGCCGCUUCAAACCUCCGUCAGAGACGCGAGACUGGUGUCCUCUCGACAUGCAAGACCGAUCCUGCCCGGCGAUCAUCAAUAGCGCAUCUCACCUUGAGCGAAGCUUGGCACUAUGACUCGCUUUCACCACAAGAUCAAGCGCGUGAGGAAACGUAUUUCAAGAAUUUCGCCGUUCAGUCGCUGAAUCGCCAGCUCGCCGAUCCCGUUGAGCGCAAGAAGGACUCUGUUUUGGCAGUUCUGUUGGUCCUUUGUCUCUUCCACAUGUGUGACACUGGUGUCGCCAAGUUCAGGACGCAAUUUGCCGGUGUUCGCAAGCUCCUGGCCCUGCGCUGGCAGAAUGACGAGCCAAUGUCGCCUCAGAUGAAGUUCUUCACUUCAAUGUUUACAUGGUUUGAUGCCAUCACUGCAUCAGUUAACGACCGAGAAAGCCAGUUCCUCAGCCAUCAUCUCGAUACCUCUGCAUUGGGGGAUUAUUCGUGGUCUCUUGAGAAUCUGGCUGGUUGUGAUGGGAGCCUGUUCAAAGUGAUCGCGAAGCUCGGUCGCUUGAACGUUUUAUCGCAGGGCAAACCCGUGGAGGAGAACCAUACACUUGUCUCGCGGCCAGUACUGCCAACGCCACCUGCUCAGUUGGCCCAUGGCAGUCCUCCGGACUCAGACUAUAGCAGAUUUGACGGCAAUGGCUGGACCACCUUUUCAGACGAGGAACUGUUUGCAAAACAUACCAAAGAAGGGCCGCUUGAACAAUUUUGGCGGGAAUGGAGAGAAGUGCGGCAUGCGUUACAAGUCUGGACCUUGCCUUCGCCAUCGCACACAAGCACGCUUACAGCAGGUCAGCGUGACGAUCUUGCCAGUAUCAGUGAGUGCUUCCGCUACUCGGCGCUAGUCUACACAGAGCGAUUGGCCAAUCCGACGGCCCCGUGUACAAGUCCAGGGAUCCAACGUUGGGUACAGCAAAGCUUGCAUUACAUCCGCCUGGUUAAGAGUGAUGUUUAUCUCCUCUGGCCGCUCUUCGUUACCGGCGCAGAAUGCCUGAGGCAGGACGAGCGCGAGGUCAUCCGAUCCAGAUGCAAGGACAUUCAAAAAGACAGUGGCUUCAUCAACAAUGCGAGCUGUCUCGGACUUCUAGAGGCCGUCUGGUUGCAAAUGGACCAACAGGGUGCCGAGGGCGAAGUCGGGCAAGGCUUCAGAUUCACUGAUAUCAUGAAACGCGCGGACGGCCAGGGCGAAUAUAUCGUGGUUUGA